UCACCACUGGUCCUCCCAUCCAUCUCCCCUCCAAGUCCAACCAGCCACCAAUAGCGAUGGAAGCUCAUCUCAUUCUCAUCCCAAGCAUCCUUCCCCUUCCCUUUCCCCUUUCCUUCCUUUAUGUCCCACCUCAUAAACAGAAAGAGGAAAAAGGGAACGGAGGAAGGAAGGAAUGGUGAUUAUAAGUAGAACUUGGUGAGCUUCUGUGUUCUUGAAUGGAUGAAGAAGAAGAAGGUCCACAAUCUUGUUUUCCGAGCUCAAGGGUGUGCAGACUGUUACUAACGCUUUGGAGUGUCGUAAUCUGACAGCGAGAGAGAGCACGCUAGUCGGCAUCCAUGCUAGGAGACAUGGCUGUUUACCAGCGUGCUCUCUUUCGUUGUCAUACGAUGUGCCUUCUGAGGCAAGAUCCACUAGCUCUCCAGUAUCAUUUCAUCUCAUCAGGAUGAAGGGAGGGGAGCACCAAAUUUGAAGUGAAGAGAAGAAAAACGAGGUCUGAGUUGUGGCUUUGCAGCUGGAAAGGAGAAAUCGUAGUGUUUCUGCUACUGAAUGAAGCAAUUCGACCUUUUCCGAAUAUUUGAAUCAGAAACGGGACAACCAUGUUGCGGAUUGCAGUCCAUUCCAACUCUGAUCAGGAUGCAUAUGUUGUGUAGCUCUCUCGUCAAAGAAAUUAGACAGUAAAAUAGAGAACCCCGAAUUAAUCCCAUUCUUGUUUCAAUAUGCACUGCCUCAAGAAUCAGUCGACGCGAUGCAAUUACUAAGUGCAGUGCCAUACACGAUGGAAUUGCUAUCAUGAUUCGGAUGGAUGCAUCAAUAUGCAAAAACUUCUCGACAUUGACAGGCAAUCUCAUGAAGCAUCUUUAUUAUUGUUGAUCGGGAUAAAUAAAACAUUGGACUGAUACGGUCGAGAUGGACCAUUAAGCAAUAACUUGACGGUUGUUCAUCUGUUAACAAGUGCAUCUGCUCUCCCAGCGGUCUGAAACCAUGAAUUUUGGCGCCAAAAUUAUCGUGAGUAGUUCCAUGUUGCCUGUCACCACCACCGGGCCGCCGUAUCGGCCCGAAUGUUCGGACAAUAAGCUCGAGAAGAGCCCUUUAAGUUGAAGAGAGGUCCUCUCUUUCUUGAAGAUAAGCAAGAACAUUGCCCAGAUUCAUCAAGCACAUGCCGAGGUCGUUAAAAAAGGAGUGGAGCAGGAUCCCGUUGUUGCCUUCGAGCUAAUCCGGGCUUGUUCCGGCGCAGACUCCAUCAACUAUGCUGGCAAGGUCUUCGCGAAGUUGGAAGCUCCGAACGUGUUUCAUUUCACCGCUCUGAUCAACGGGGUACGUCUUGUCGGGAUCGGUUGCAGAAGCUAUUCGCUUGUACUAUGAGAUGGUUGGUGAAUUGGUACAUCCUGAUAGUUAUGUGACUGCUUCCGUCCUGAAAGCCUGCGGGCUCGGAUUGGCAUUGAGGGAACAGAGGGAGGUCCAUGGGCGAGUUGUGAAACUCUGGAUUAGCCGGAGCCGUGUCGUCAGGAUUAAUCUCAUGGAAGUCUAUGGGAAGUGUGGGGAGUUUCAGGACGCGUGGAAGGUGUUUGAUGAUAUGCCCGAACAAGAUGCUAUUGUAAGGACGGCCAUGAUGUCAUGUUACUUUGAUCAUGGGCUAGUUGCGGAGGCGUGUGCUCUCUUCAGCGGGGUUGGGAAGAAGGACACGGUUUGUUGGACGGCUAUGAUUGAUGGGCUAGUCCGGAAUGGGGAGAUGUGCAGGGCAUUGGAGGUGUUCAGGGAGAUGCAGAGGGAGAACGUGAACCCGAACGAAGUGACAAUAGUUUGCGUACUGUCUGCUUGUUCUCUGCAGGGAGCAAUGGAGAUCGGGAGAUGGGUACAUUCCUACUUGGGGAAGUUUGGGGUUGAUCUCAAUCGGUUCGUAGGUGGUGCUCUGAUUAACCUCUAUGCUUCUUUUGGGAGAUGGGACGAAGCUGCGUUAAUCCGAGCAAAGAUGAAGUAGAGUGGUCAUCUCGCUCAAAUUUUAAACUAAUGUAUCUUAUCUUGCUCUUUCAUCAAUUCACACGUGGUCAUCUUCCACUUUACUUUUUA